CCUCAUCGAAGAAGAAGAAGUAGAUGUAGAUCGAUCCAUUCUAGUAAUGACCGGAUUCCACUUUUCCCAUGAUGCAACGCACUGAGAGGAAUUUUUCAAAACGAAUCAGCGAUGGCGGAACAAACAAGCAAGGAGGUGGUCAUCGGGAGCGUAGAGACAACGAAUACAUUCACAAACGAUCACAACCUCCGAUCAAAAAUAUGCCUCCCAACUUCGCAAGGAAAAGGGAUCAACAUACCCAUUCAAUUCGACACCGAAUGUAACGUCCCGAGCCGGACAAACGACUUCUCAGACGAACCACCAGCUACGGAAACCUCUGGGCGACUAUCCCAGGAAACACCUACAACAACAAGCAAUUGUACCACACCAAACAGCUCCAAUUCAAAUAAUCUAUCGUCAGAUGAGAUGAAAUCCAAAGAUAUCGUAGUAGGCACGGAAGAUAAGGAAAACUACAUCCACGCCGGUGUCUCUGAUGUUGAUCCUUCAUCUGAAGACAGCACCUGCCAGGUUAUCACCGAGACCAGCAGCACAGACACUCCCCCCACUCUGACCCCCUCCAAGCAGGCUGAGGCAGAUGAUGCAGAGACGCUGCGGAGGGCCAGGGAGGAGGGCCGUGUGGAGGUAGUGUUCCCAGGCUUGGUAACACAGGAGGGCUGCUGCCGCUUCGUCAGUGAGAUACUGAAGUGUAUCCUCUACCAAAGACAGCAACUGCCUAUGACCUAUGACCAGCUGGUUUACUCUCAGAAGAGACAGCAAGCUGCCAUGCAGAAUGAGGCGGUGGUGGGCUGGAGGCCCGGUCAGUCCGCCGCAGAAGGCCUGGACUGGAGGAGGUGCCAGCGUACCCUCCAAGACCUUGAGGAGGUGCUACAACAACUGGAGGUGCUCUUCUCCCUCUCCCUGGUCCCCCGCGUGCUCCUCCUGCUCGGGGGCUCCCUCCUCCUUCCCAAGGAGCUGUACGAAGUCAACAUGGAGGACGUGAUACUAGCCGCCGGCGACCUGAGUCUCCGCGUUUCCUCGUGUUUGCGCCAGGUCUUCCGCACGCUCUUUGUGGCCGACCUGUUGUCUGACGCUAAACCUGUCCGGCUCACAGCCACGACGGUCAUGGUUCUGGCCCAUAGGGACUGUGGCGUGGGGUGGUUCCGGCCCAAGCUGAAUUUCAAGGUCCCCACACGGGUGAAGAGCCAGGUUAUUUCUCUGUCUUGUGACCCCAGUAGUGUCUCUGAGUCUGGGACGUCUGAGGGAGGAGGGCAGACUGACUGGCAGGACUAUGUAUGGUUUCAGGCCCCCAUGGCUAUCAAAGGCUUCAGUAAAUGACAUACAAGGGACAAGGAAGGUACGCUCAUCCACAGCCAUAGUAUGAGAUGAGACAAGGUCCUGUAUUCAGAGUCUGAAAGUAAGAGUGCUGAUCUAGGAUCCGGUCGCCCCGUCUAUAUAAUCCUACUCGUACUGAUCUAAAGGCAAAACUGGGCCCGUCUUUAUGAAGUGUCUGAGUUGGAGUGCAGAUCUAGGUUCAGUUUGACCUUUUGGAUCACAAUGACUAACAUUAUAUAGACAGAGGGCACCUGAUCCUAGAUCAGCACUCUGAGAUCAUUUGAGCAAAUGGACCUGUGUAAACGCAGCCCAAGUGUUGACUGAGCGUAUUGACACAUUUGCCAUACCUCUCUCUCUCAGGGACCCCUGUCUCUCUCGCUGCAUUUACACAGGCAGUCCAGUUCUGAUAUAUUUGUCACUAAUUGGUGUUUUGACUAUCUCAGAUCAGGUCUGAAAAAGAUAUUGUGAAAAGAUCUGAUGUGAUAGGAAAUACCAAUUGGUGGAAAAAAUAUAUGAAUUUUGCUGCCUGUAUAAACGCAGCCUAUGUAACCCUGAGCCCAGUCCAGGGACUGUGUUUUUAUAACAAUUCAUAUGAAUGACUGGUGUGAUCUGUACAGAAUGAUUUUAAUUAAUUAUAUUUUGUCUUAGCUAUGUAUUUACUUUUAGCUUGGAUACAUGCUGUAAUGAAGCAGUGUUGGUGCUCUCACUGUGUAUAAUAUAGCCUACUAAAUGAUUUUAUGCACA